AUGCCCAACGUCGCCCAACGAUUGGCAUGCAAAACCUCCGAGGCUGGGGCUGGUGAUCUGCGGCGGAAACGCCCGGUGGUCGAUCUGCAUGACACUGAGAGCAUCAUGGAGUGGGCCAGCAGGGCCAGCAAAGUCCGUCUGACCAGUAUGGCCAGCCAUAUCCAGCUCCAUUGGUGCAACCCGGGGGCGGAGGGCUAG